GAAAAAAACAUCACUCACUCCUCGAACGUAACCCUACUCCCACAACCAAGCAGAUCAGAUGCAGUCAUUAUCCCACUAGACCUCAAGAUUGGCCUAACGUCAGCAUAUGUGGUGAUUUUCUUUGUAGCUCUGUUUGGUAACUCGGUCGGUCUCUACGUGGUGUUAAAGAAAUUUUCAUCUACCAGCGUGACGAACCUGUUCAUUAGCAACAUGGCCGUUGCAGAUCUGCUCCUAACAACCACGAUUAUGCCAUUUUCGGUCGCCUUUUUGUACCGUGGAAGUCUUUGGAUCGGAGGAACGUUGGGUAGCAUUACUUGCAAAGCGUUGUUUUAUGUCAUGCCAGUUUUUAUUUCCGCGUCUGUUUUCACAAUGAUGCUGAUUUCGUUUGACAGAUUCUACGCCGUAUUUUUUCCCUUGAAAGAGAAAUUCUUCCAAAAGCCAAAAGUCUUGUCAGCAAUUAUAUGGAUUUUAUCUUUUGGGUUAAUGACCCCUUAUGUUUUAAUGUCUCAAACACAUGAGAUACGACCAGGCGUAUACUAUUGUUUACAGGAGUGGCCAUGGGCACCAUCAAACGACACAGACCUCACCGAAACAUAUAAAGUGCUUAAGAGCUUCCACAUCAGCGUUUUUGUCAUAGUAUACGCGUUACCUCUCUCCAUAACAAUAAUCAUUUACUCCUUAAUUUGCCGAAAAUUGUGGUUGCGUAAGAUUCCAGGAAAUGUGACAGAUACCAACCUUGCUGCUGAAAAAAGGUUAAAACGCAAGGUAACACGUCUGCUGGUCAUCACAUGCGUGGUAUUUGCAGUAUGCUGGUUUCCAGUCUAUGUGAAUAAUUACUUCUGGUACGUACGACCUGAUCAAAGUCACAAGUUACCGCUGAAGGUUAAGCUGCUAUUCAACAGGUUAGCACAUGCAAACAGUGCUUUAAAUCCAUGUCUUUAUAUUCUCCUGAAUGAAAACUUUCGCAAGGCGUUUUUUGCAACCCUGAACAAUUUCUGUCAAUUUGGCUCUUCAAAAAACAAUUCCAGUGAUACUAAGUCAAAUAUUUUGAGGUUUGUAACAGCCGCCUCUCGUAAAACGAAUGCUUAUGCAUUACCACAAGGCCCAACAAGGGGCAAAUCUGGACAAGCAAACUUAGCGCUUUCUUUGGUGAGUAUCAGGGAUGCUCGUUCGACAUUAAAUAAUCUUACUAAGACGUCCCUGAACAAUAACACAAAAGAAACCAAGGAUAACGCCCUUGAUGAUGCAAUCCAAGUGUAG